AGGACGUCGCUUUUCCAAACUACAGGUACCAAAAAUAAUGAAGUUUGACAAGAUGCAGAAGGCAACUUUGGAGGCACUAUCCGUGGUGCUGAUCUUGUUUUGGGGACAUCCUCAGGAUACACUUGCAUGCCCUCACCCAUGUGCCUGCUAUGUUCCUACAGAAGUUCACUGCACAUUUCGAUCUUUAGCUUCAGUGCCAGCAAGGAUUUCUAAGCAUGUGGAAAGAAUCAAUUUGGGGUUUAAUAGCAUACAGUCCAUAUCAGAAAACUCAUUUGCAGGCCUUACCAAACUGGAGCUGCUCAUGAUUCAUGGCAAUGACAUCCCAAGCAUACCUAAUGGAGCUUUAAAAGAUCUAAUCUCUCUUCAGGUCUUCAAGUUCAGCUAUAAUAAGUUGAGAGUCAUAACAGCACAAACCCUCCAGGGUCUUUCAAGUUUAAUGAGACUACACAUUGACCACAAUAAGAUUGAAUUCAUCCAUCCACAAGCCUUUAAUGGUUUAACUUCCUUGAGGUUACUCCAUUUAGAAGGCAACUUGCUUCAUCAGCUUCAUCCUAGCACAUUUUCCACAUUUGCCUUUCUGGAUUAUUUUAGACUAUCUACAAUAAGGCACCUUUACUUAUCUGAAAAUGUCAUCAGAACUCUGCCAGUUGGAAUGCUCUCAAACAUGCCGCUUCUGGAAAAUCUUUAUCUCCAUGGAAAUCCAUGGUCUUGUGACUGUGGGUUAAAAUGGCUCCUUGAAUGGGAUGCAAGAUCUAAAGGGAUUUUGAAAUGUAAAAAGGACAAAGCAUAUGAAGGCGGCCAGCUGUGUUCCACAUGUUCCAGCCCCAAGCAGCUGAACAAGCAGGAGAUUCACAAUUUGAAAGACAUUCUUUGUACUAAGCCCAUCAUACAGUCUCCUCUCAAACAGAACUUCAGUAGCAGCAACGAUGAGGAGGAGGGUGAAGAGGAGGAGGAGGAGGAAAGCUCAUUCUCUCUGGAAGAGGUUCAAUUCUCUCCCUGGAACAUCACUUUAAAUAUGACUGAUGAGCAUGGAAAUACUGUGAACUUGGCUUGUGAAAUCAAGAAGCCCACAGAUGUUUCAAAAAUUCAACUAAACCAAAGUGAUCCCCAGGAAAUUGAUAUUAAUGCUACCAUUGCCUUGGAAUUACAAUGCCCAAUGAAUCGAGAAAAUUAUGAGAAACUGUGGAAAUUGAUAGCUUAUUAUAGUGAGGUUCCAGUAACCUUACAACGGGAGAUCAUGCUCAGCAAAGACCCCAAAGUCAGUUACCAGUACAGGCAAGAUACAAAUGAUGAUGCCCUCUACUACACAGGGGUGAAAGCCCAGAUUCUUGCUGAACCAUCAUGGGUGAUGCAACCAUCUAUAGAUAUUCAACUAAAUCGGCUCCAGAGUACUGCCAAAAAAGUACUACUAUCAUUGUAUACCCAGUUUUCACAAAUAAUCCCAAUCAAAGACCUGAGGCAGCAGAAGACCAAAACCUGGGUAAUGAUUGAACAGGGCGAAAAAGUGAAAACAGCUCAAACUGUGGUUGAAGGGUCUGUCUGUCAGUUGAGCUGCAAUGUGAAAGCCUCAGAAAGCCCAGUUCUUCUAUGGAUGCUUCCCGAUGGCUCCAUGUUGAAGGCUCCAUUUAAUGAUCAAGACAGCAGGUUUUCUGUCCUUAGCAGUGGUCAGCUCAUCAUAAAAUCUGUGGGUCGUUCUGACUCUGGUUUGUACCAAUGCGUUGCUCAAGUGAGGGAUGAAAUGGACAGAAUGAUAUACAGAGUUUCUGUGCAACCUUCUGUCAUCCAGCCCACCAAAAGACACAUAACAACCAUUGAAAAAAAUCCUGAGGAAUCAGUCACAUUGCCCUGUAAUGCUCUAGCAAUACCAGAUGCUGAACUUAGCUGGCUCCUGCCAAAUAAACAGAUAUUGAAUGGAUUAUCUAACUCAACACAUGCCUAUAUGUUAGAAAAUGGAACUUUAUUCAUCCCUAGUGGCCAAAGCAGUGACAGUGGCUACUAUAAAUGUAUAGCUAUCAAUCAACAAGGAGUGGACCAUUUUAUUGUUAAGGUGACAGUGAAUAAGAAAGGAGGAAACAAAUCAUCAAAAAGAGGCCAACUAAGAAAGCGCCUAGGUUCUAAGACUGCUUCCAAAAUAAGAGACAAUAUAAUAGAGGAUGAAGGGGGUUCAGGUAUGGAAGAGACAGAUUAUGCUGCCAGGAGAAUGCUUACUCCAAAAGACCAAGAAGUAUCUAGUAAGCCAAGGAGUGAUGCUGUCUCUAGGACACAGAAUAAAAAAAAUAAAAAAGGCAGGAGGAAAAUGAAACAUUGGAAAGAUUUAGAAAGAGCCCCAGAGAGUAAUGUUGCAGAAGGCCGGAGAGUGUUUGAAUCCCGAAGGAGAAUAAACAUGGCAAACAAACAGAUUAAUCCGCAGCACUGGGCAGACAUUUUGGCCAAGGUACGUGGAAAAAAUCUUCCCAAGAGUACAGCAGUGCCUCAUACUGAUUCUAUCAUUAAAACCACAGUGGCUUCAUCUGUGAGACAGAAAGCCACUGUUCCACCUCCUAUUAGCAGCCCCCCCUUGAAACAUGCUGUGCAGAUAACACCUAAUACUGAAGAGUCCUCAGCAUCUGAAUUUCUCUUCAAUGAAGAUGAACUAGUUUCAGUCACAAUUUCUUCAGCAAGUACUGAGCGGAGUGAUUCCAGGACACUUCCUGCUGAACCAGAAAUAACACAGACUCAUGUGGAAGAAGCAAUAACCUAUGGGGCUCUGGGAACUCCUAAACCUCCAUAUGUUGCAGAAACUCCCUCUACAUGGAUUGAACCGACAACAACCUUUUUACCUUCUAAGUCAAUUUCUUUUGUACCACAUCUGAAUACUUUUUCUGAGGACCCAACCAAUGAGGAAAUAACAGAAAGUUGGUCUACAAUAGAUAAUACUGAUUUCACAGCAGGUUCUGUAUCAAAUCAGGAUGAGCUGCCAUUGGAUACCAUUAUCUUGGCAGAGUCUGAGACCGUGACAUACCUUUACCCAGGCUUGAAAACAGAUUCGCAGGUCAACAAAGGCCAUGGCAAAGAUCCUCCAUCCAUUCAGUUCAUUCCACUUCACCCAGCUGGUGUCAAUGAUGUUGAUGUCCCAAAGAAUGACUCAAAGGAUUUAGAUCCUCCAGCCUUGCAAUUUGAAGAUCUACUUUCUGGGGACCACAAUAUCCCAACACAUCAACAUCCACAGGUAAAAACCAAGAAAGCUCAAAAAAUUGACAAUAGGGCAGACAUUCAUGACAACUCCUCAGUUCACCAGCAUACUAAUAAAAAAUAUGAGACCACUCAAGAAGCAGAAAAAUUGGGAAAAGUGCCUAUGAGCAACAGAAUUUCUGAGAGGCCUAGACAAGAUGCUGUAUCCACAACAGCAUUAUCUGAACUCUCAUAUAACGUGGUGAGUACUGUUAUUCCCCUUACGGAGCCUGAGCAGAUGACAUCUGUUACUACUAAUGAAAAGCUUACAACAACAGCAGCCAUUACAACUGCCUAUACAAAGAACAUUCCCACUAGUUCAUUGAUAACACAACAUCAUCCCCGGAGAAGGCCUAAUGGGAGAAAGAGAUUAAGACCCCACAAACUUCAUCGGAAAAAGCCAGCUCUGCCAACUACUUUCUCUCCAGCAGAGACAUCGUUUAGUCCAAGAAUUUUUGUAACUGAACCAAAUAUUGCAGACAAAGCAGAUAUUUCACUUGUUUCUGCUCCUUGGGUUGAAAACCAAACUACUCUUCCAAAACAGUUAGAAAGGAAAAAAUAUGUAGAGACAGCUACAAAGGGAGUAUCACGUAGAAAAUUUUCCAAGAGACCAAAAUUAAAUCAGGCCAUAACUACCACAGUAGCUUCUUUUGAUACUGAAACAGAAACAACCAAUUAUCCUACAAAUAAACUCACUAUACCUGUGACAGCCACUUUGCAAACCACAGGCCUUCUUGCUACUGCUCCUUUGACAACUGAGGCCUCACAUGAGAAAAGACCAAAAGGGUAUGUGACUACAACUCCUUUUACCACAGAAAUACAUUUAUCCCACCAUCCAGUACAAGAAACAACUUCAUACAUAUAUAAGAAUUUGUCUGAUGUGGAUUCAGACCAUGAAGAAAUUGAAAGUGAUUAUGGAGUCACAGAUCUCAAUGACUAUGAAACCAGAACUGUGGCCCCCAGUGAAUCACUCCCUGGUGUGGUGUCUCCGUCUGAUUCAGUUCACUCAGAGGUUACAAAAUUUCAAAAAGCAUCCCUUGGUUUGGAGUCUUCAAGUACAUCAAGCUGGGUACCUAAAACAAUGGUUCAAACCACACUUUCCCCAGUAAUACAUCCAGGGGUUCCUGUAACUAGCUCUCAGGAAACUAGUAAAGAUUCAUCAGUUUUCAAAGAAUCGCAAAGGUCAGAUUUUCCUUCCAAAUUUGUAUCACCAACUGAAGUCCCUGUCCCAUCUCAACAAGAAGAAAAAUAUACCUCCUCUGUUCCCUCAAGCAAGAAAAAAGUAUAUCCUUCAGGUGAAAUAGAAAUCACUGCCAAAGAAAGUCCUGUUGGACAAGAUCCUAAGAAGACCGCAUCAGCUGUUACCCAUUCCAUAAGAUUAGACAAAUAUGUUGUCACACCUAAACCAUCUAAGGAGGUGAUAUCCAUUAUUCCACCAUCUCCGUCUCCAGCGGAACAGAUGCCAUCUCCAAUUGCCUUAGUACCUUUUACAGAAUCUACAACAAUACCAUCAUUACAUUUUUCAAGAACUUCUAGUACACCCACCCAAAUACCGAUGGAGUCCAAAGAAAACAUCAUAUUUAAUCACGUAGGGGCCCCAGAAAGCAAAAUCUCUGAAAUAGAAGAUCAGAAAGCAAAGUUAAUUUUCAGUCCUAAUGAAUUUCCCACACCCAAUUUUAACCAAAAUAGAAUUAAUUUGCCUUCCAAACAGGAGCAGUUCAAGGAAAUACAGGGCAGUAGUUCCAACAAUCGCUUACUCCAGGGUUCGGAUCCUCCCUAUCAUCCGGGGAGGAUGCCUGUCUUCCACCAGCGACCUGCCAUAGUGCCUGAAAAGCAUGAGCUGCCAAGAGUGACUGUAAGGCCAUCACAUGUACCAACACAAGGCUCAUCUAAACAUUUUCUAACUUUCCAGCCAUCUCUUUCUUUUACUAACAAACCAGAGAUAACAUCAUACCCUAUGCAGAAUAGUCCAGAAAAAAAACUCCCUGAAAUGACAACAGUAACUAUGACCACAACGACCAUCCCAUUGCCAAGGCCCAAUCCAAUCAUUCCUAACAGAUCUGGUCACCCAGGGACCAACCAGUUUAAUACCAACCCCAAAGUGUUUGGAAAUAAUUACAUUCCUGAACAAAAAGUCUCAGCUACAAAGAUGCCAAGUCCUAGAAUUCCCUACACAGCAAAUGGAAGAUUUCCUUUUCUGUUUAAUAGGACUCCUACAUUCACACAAGUAGGAGUCACUCCUAAACCACCAGCAACAGCUCUGCCUGUCUCCGUGAGUACAAGAGAGAAACAAAUAACACCAGGGUCAUACAGCCAGAUUACAACACAGAGUACCAUCCACAAUGUCAUAGGUAUUGCUGGAGCACCUUCAAUAUUCCAUGGUCCUAGUACUAGGUCACCACCUUUGAUUAAUUUAAGAAAUACUCCUCCAGUGUUUCCUACUAGGAGGACCAUUCCUCAUACAGCAUCUACCAUUCAUUCCUACAGAAAUGUCCAUCAUAGUAAUUCUAAAAUCACAUUCAGUGGAGGACCUCCUGCUCCUAGUUUCUGGGCACUUGGAGGGAAGCCCCACAUUAUUACCAAGUCCCCUCACACCUUAUCCAUCAUUGCUGAAACAGAUGUUGUCCUUCCGUGUGAUGCAACUGGAGAGCCAAAGCCUUUUGUUACUUGGACAAAGGUUUCUACAGGAGCUCUUAUGACACCCAACACAAGGACACAACGGUUUGAAGUACUGAAAAAUGGUACAUUCAUUAUUAGGAAUGUCCAGCUCCAAGAUCGUGGUCAGUACAUGUGCACUGCAAAGAACCUUCAUGGUGUAGACAAAAUGAUUGUCACGUUAUCGGUGACAGCUCAGCAGCCCCAAAUAAUAGCUUCCCACUAUCAAGAUGUCACAGUUUACCUGGGAGACACAAUUGCAAUGGAAUGCCUGGCCAAAGGAACACCACCUCCACAAAUUUCUUGGAUUUUUCCAGAUAGAAAAGUAUGGAGGAGUGUUUCAACUGCUGAGGCCAGAAUUAUGCUUCACGAGAACCGUACCCUAACCAUUAAAGAUGCUACCUUUUCAGACAGAGGAGUUUACAAGUGCAUAGCAAGUAAUGCUGCUGGGGCAGAUAGCCUGGCUAUCCGCCUACAUGUUGUAGCUCUACCUCCCAUCAUUCACCAAGAGAGGCAGGAAAACAUCUCACUGCCUCCUGGGCUCAGUAUACAUAUCCACUGCACUGCCAAAGCAGCUCCUCUCCCUAGUAUUCGCUGGGUAAUUUUUGAUGGCACUCAAAUCCGUCCUUCCCAAUUCAUCAAUGGGAAUUUGUUUGUCUUCCCAAAUGGGACACUUUACAUCCGCAACAUCUCUCCCAAAGACAGUGGAAACUAUGAAUGUGUGGCAGCUAAUAUGGUUGGGUCAGCCAGGAGAACAGUUCAUCUCAAUGUGCAGAAGACUUCUGCCAAUGCCAAGAUCACCGGGAGCUCCCCUCACAAGACAGAUAUCACUUAUGGCGGCACCCUGCGCCUGAACUGCACUGCUUCAGGGGAUCCAUGGCCAAGGAUCCUCUGGCGACUGCCAUCUAAGAGGAUGAUUGAUUCACUUUUCAGCUUUGAUACCAGAAUCAAGGUGUUUGGAAAUGGCACUCUGCUAGUGCAUUCGGUCACAGAUAAAGAUGCAGGGGACUAUCUGUGUGUUGCUCGGAAUAAAAUCGGUGAUGAUUAUGUUGUUCUGAAGGUGAAUGUGAUGAUGAAACCUGCUAAGAUAGAACACAAAAAGGAGAAUGACCACAAAGUCAUCUAUGGUGGGGACCUCAAGGUUGACUGUGUUGCUACGGGCCUUCCCAACCCUGAGAUUUCCUGGAGCCUUCCUGAUGGUAGUAUGGUCAAUACUUUUAUGCAGUCAGAUGACAGUGGUGGAAGGACAAAGAGAUAUGUUGUUUUUAAUAAUGGAACGCUCUACUUCAAUGAAGUGGGAAUGAGAGAGGAAGGAGACUAUACCUGCUUUGCUGAAAACCAGAUUGGGAAAGAUGAAAUGAAAGUUCAUGUCAAAGUGGUUGCUGAGCCCGCAGCAAUCCACAACAAAACCUAUUCCAUUAUCCACGUUCCUUAUGGAGAUGUUGUUACAGUGGCCUGUGAAGCUAAAGGAGAACCUACUCCAAAGGUGACAUGGCUUUCUCCAACCAACAGAUUAAUUCCAAUCUCUUCUGAUAAAUACCAAGUGUUUAGGGAUGGCACCCUUCUUAUUCAAAAAGCACAGCGAUCUGAUAGUGGGAACUAUACCUGUGUGGUGAGGAACAGUGCUGGGGAGGACAGGAAAAUUGUCUGGAUCCACGUUAAUGUCCAGUCCCCCACAAUCAAUGGCCACCCCAAUGCCAUAACAACUGUUAGAGAAAUAGCUGCAAGAGAGAGCCGAAAGCUCAUUGACUGCAAAGCAGAAGGCAUCCCGGCACCACGGGUCUUGUGGGCUUUUCCAGAGGGUGUGAUCCUUCCAGCUCCCUACUAUGGAAACCGCAUCACUGUCCAUCGCAAUGGCACACUGGAUAUUAGGAGCCUGAGAAAGACAGACUCAGUGCAGCUGGUGUGUAUUGGACGCAACGAGGGGGGAGAAGCCAAGCUGAUUGUACAGCUCACUGUAAUGGAUCCCUUGGAGAAACCUGUUUUCCGGAACCCAGUCAGUGAAAAGAUUACAGCCAUGGCAGGCCAUACCAUCAACCUCAACUGCUCAGCUGAGGGGAGCCCUGAACCAAACAUUGUUUGGAUUCUUCCAAAUGGGACAGAACUACAGAGUGGGAAACACUUACAGAGAUUUUACCACAAAAAGGAUGGCAUGUUGCACAUCAGCAGUCUUUCUGCUGCUGAUGCUGGAGCUUAUCGUUGUGUGGCUAGGAACAAAGCUGGUUACACUGAGAGACUGGUGUCUUUGAAAGUUGGGCUGAAGCCAGAAAUUAGUAAUCAAUACCCAAAACUGGUGAGCAUCAUCAAUGGUGAGACCUUGCAACUUCACUGCAUCACUCAAGGAAGCCAGAAAGCUCAAGUGUCUUGGACACUGCCCAGUGGCAUGGUUUUAGAAGGCCCCCAAGUAGUCGGACGCGUCUCCCUUUUAGAGAAUGGCUCACUGACUGUACAUGAGGCUUCUGUGUUUGACAGAGGAACCUAUCUGUGCAAAGUCGAGACAGAAUAUGGCUCAUCUGUUAUGAGUGUUCCUGUCAUUGUAAUAGCAUACCCUCCCCGAAUCACUAGUGAGCCAACACCUGUCAUUUACACUCGGCCAGGGAACACGGUGAAAAUGAACUGCAUGGCUAUUGGGAUUCCCAAAGCUGAAAUAAUGUGGGAGCUACCAGACAAAUCACAUCUGACAGCAGGAGCUCAGUCCCGCCUCUAUGGGAAUAAAUUACUUCACCCUCAGGGCUCUUUAAUUAUCCAUCACUCCACACAAAGAGAUGCAGGCUUUUACAAGUGCACUGCGAAAAACAUAUUAGGCAGUGACUCUAAAACAACUUACAUUCAUGUGUUCUAACAUACCUUUCUACAUUGAUGGACUCCCAAGAAACUGCAAAAACAAGCACAGAAAGUAAAGUGUCAUUUAGAAAAGAAGCUAGGGCUGAAAAAGGGAAUAUUGUUAAUAAAACAUUGUCAUG